UUGCCAUUCGAAGAGAGCGGUUCGGAUUUUUUGCAGCGCACGACAGGUCCAUAGUAUUUUCCUUUUCCUGUGUGUAUUCACAACCACAACAGUCAUCAAUUUAUUAUUAUCAUCAUUAUUAUCGUUCGGACGGUUGUUGAUGUUUUUUUUACGCUCAUUCAAUCAUCAUCAGCAUCAGCAGUAGUAGUAGUAGUAGCAGUAGCGGCAAAGGCAGCAGCAGCAAUAGCAACAGUCCGCGCGGUCCAGUCGCCAGUCAGCUAAUAGCACUUUGCUCUUGUUGCAUACACCGCACUGGACAUGGCGACGAGGCACUUGUCUUCGCUUGAAGCUUGAGUAUAGUUUUGAUUGCGCGGCAAAGCGCAUUUGAUAUCAACGCGUGAGAGAGACGGAAACAUCAGGAGGGAAUUCCGUGAGUGUCGUCCUUUGCUGCUUUGCGUAUUUUCUUCCGUCGUCGACUGGUGCUUGCGUGCGUGUCCUCUUGGAUUUUUUUUUUGAGUUGUCGCUUCCUCUUUGUGUGAUUCCGGUGGCGGCGGGUGGUGGACAAUAGGCAGGGAGUGUGAGACACUCCUCCAGGAAGGACCAAAAGCAGGAAAAAGUUGAUUACAAGAGACAAAGAACACUGAGUGCGUUCGAGAAGGGUAUGGGGAUGUGCUGCUCAUGCAAAUGGGAGCGAGGAAUUUCUGCUCAGGCGUGAAAAUCCAAAUUUAUAUGAAGUGGAAAAACAAGUGAGUGAACGGCGGGAGAUAGAGUAGGUGGCGGAAUGUGCAGCAGAAGCAGGAGCGUUUAGCCAAAGCAAUCGCAGCCGUCGCCGUCUUGGUCGUCAUCGAGACAUUGCCGUCAGAGUCACCCAGCGUGGUGCGGUUUUGGGGGAGCACAGCAGAGCGCGCCAACCAAAGGUGGUGGAGAAUGGUGACCGUCUGCUGCCGCCUUGUUGUAAGUGUGCUCGCCGCACCGUAAACGGUGUGUGUAUGUGUGCCGUGUGGCGACGGGGGCUUUCGAAAGCUACAGCCAACGUCGCCGCCGCCGCAGCCGCAGCCGAAGUCGUCAUCGUCAUCAGCAGAAGCAGCAACAAGAGCUCUGGGGCUGUGCUGUAAUUCAAAACCUGUGCAAAAAGGCUCGGCUCUCGGUAUAAGCGAGGGAAGGACGGCAGUGGAGCCGGAGAGUGUACGUGGUGGAUUUUCUUUUCGUUUGCUCUUUCCUGGUGCUUCCAACAUCAACAGAGACACGGUUCGUCAUAAGCUGAAUUCGAUGUAGUGCUUGCACGCGCGCGUAUGCUUCGAAGGCACUCGCAGGGGAAGGUGGUUUGGGGCCACACACUUGUUUACUAGAGGUUGCUGCCAAUGAACGCCUGGCGUAGCCCGCACGGUAGCCAAGAGAGUGCUCAGCCGAAAAGAAGAACCGCAAGAAUGUUCCAUAUGCUGCGGGGUUGGCUGAAAAGUAAUCAUUGGGCACAUAGCUCGUUGUAGACUGCGAGGGGGGGGUUGAGAAGGCUCCAUAUGUGCCGAUAAAGCAGAAGGUGCAAAGGCAAAACAGAUAAAAGAAAAUAGUGAAGCGAUUGGGCAGAGAUUACUGCAAAUUGCGCAGCUUUGCCGGCGAACCGGAAGAAGAAACAUAUCGUUUUGUGAGAGUGUGAUUAGCGGUGUAUCGGUAGAUCUGCGAGAUUGAUCCGAAGAAGGGGCGCGGACGAUCAACGGAUGCUGCAGCGGACGUGAGUGCUUUGGAAUCCUUACACGAUGGCACGCAAGAGGGGAACUACCAGAACAAAGCCCAAUGGCAGGAAGUCGGCAUCAGAAGCAAAACAAACGGAUAAGAAAGAUGUCAAAGUUAAAGAUGAUCCGGGUGGAGGACUUCCGCCCGCUAUGGAAAAAUCGAACAGCUGUAGCGAAGGCAAUACUACGUCAGUGAGUCAACAAAAUCCAAAUUUGGCGGCGGAAAAUAGCGGACCGCAUCAUCAUCAUCAACCACACCACCAUCAGCAGCAACACACCUCAUCGCAAUCCUCUGCCGCCAGCAGUGCGAUAUCCCCCGAUCUUAAGUACCUGCAUAAGAAGUUUAAGAGAAUUGCCAGUGCCACUUUAAGCACUGUCGAUGACAGUGGCAGUGAAUCGAAAAAGCACGUUACAUCAGAAGCGCUCAGUCGUAGUACUACGAUUAAUACGACUACGGCGACGCCAACUACGAUAGCAAGUGCAACCGUCGAUUCAGGCCCCGUCGUCACCUACCCCGUCGCGUAUUUGCCAAACUCAAAACCUACCGCGGUGGUGAACUCUGCCGUCGAACCUUCUGUUCAGCAGCAACCAUGUGCCAACAAUAGUAACAACGAACCGAAGGUAGGUGAUAUCGUCAACGUGUAUGAAGCCACUGCGGCACGUUUUCGACCAAUAGUAGAAUACUCGCGGACUGUGAUCGAUCGGGAUAGAUAUCAAAGUCAACUGCAAUUAAUCUUCCCGAGUAGUACCGACCGGGUACAACAGCGGCCACAGCUUCAACAGCAGAGUAACGGUGCUUCCUUGAAUUGCGUCAACCACGUUAGUGGCGGUAGCAGUACUAGUUCUAUUAUCAGCAACAACCAUAUUCCUGUGAAACUAGAAGUGAGUGCUGACGAUACGACGAAAACCUUCUAUCCCAGUGUAAAUAAUAACAGUGCUAUCAAUACAAGUUGUGAUCUAAACGAGAAGAAUCAGUGUAGUACUACCACGGUGGACGUCGGUAACGGUGGCAGUAGUCGAAGUAGUAGUAGUGGCAGUGCGUUAUCAGCGCACGAGUUGGCAAUUCAGGCCGAUCAGAAAUACGUAGUCGUCCUGCAGCAGCCGCAACCUUCGCCACUGUACGACGGUGUCAGCUCGUCGUCCGUCGUUGCUGCCCCGGUGGAAGCCGUCUCGUCGCCAGCGGUGACCACCACUGGCAGCGGUACCGUCCCCGGAAAGUACAUGUGCCCGUACUGCCGGCUGAACUGCAACAAACCAUCCGUGCUGGAGAAGCACAUCCGGCGGCACACGAACGAGCGGCCCUUCCGAUGCGAUCCCUGUGGGAUGGCAUUCAAGACCAAGAGUAACCUGUACAAACAUUGUCGAUCUCGAGCACACCGGUCAAAAUUCCCGGACAAGGAUAUUGGACCUACUGUUGACGAAGACGGUUCCCUGGGAUCUGAUAUCGAGGACAAAGAACUGAGCAAUAGCGGAUCAGAUAUCAUCAACCGAGGAUCUCCGAUGAUGGACGACCGCGUGCAUUCGCCACAGCUCCUGGUGGAGAAACCCUACAAACCCAAGUUUCACAAUGCUGCCCUGUACGCUAAAUUCGACGGUAACAAACUGGGAACGUCGGGCAAAACGGUUCCUACCACGCUUGUCGUGAAUAGCAGCCAGCAGCACUACAUUAGCAGCCUUGCUGGCGGCGGUAGUAAUUACAGUAGUAACAACACAUCGAUGGUUAGUCAUUCAGUUCCUUCAACGCCGCACUAUUUGAACGGUCAAAAUGUUGAAUCGCUCGAGCAACACAUUUCCAAGCUGAUAUCGGACAACGAAGCGAUCGUGGAAGUGGUGGAGUUGCCACUUCAGAAAAAGUACCACAAAAUAACUGGUAUCACGCGAGGCAUUUCGGUUAAUAACAGUACUAGCAGUAGUAGCAGUAGUUCAGCAGGUCUGGAUUCUCCAAGUUCAAAAUUGGCCAAUGCAUUGCUGCAGAAGAGAAACAGCGAGGAACUGCAACAACAGCAACUGCUGAUGCUUCAGCAACAGCAUCAGAUGCAGCAGCAACAACUACAAAUGCAACAGCAACAGCAGCAAGUUCAGCCGUACCCCCAAAAUGAACCUACCAAACCGAAGGCGAUGGUGGCGCAAAUUCCCUAUGUGCAGAACCAUCACCCUCCGGUGGGAACGAUGGAAGUGAUGCAUCAACCACCACCCCAACAGCAACAGCCCCAGAUGGUGGCACGUCCCAUGAGUGCCAAUGAACUGCAACCACAACUAGUGCAAUAUCAGCUACCGUUAAAUUUAAGUAAACCCGUUCCAAGCGAGCCACCACCUGGGCCUGCUGUUGAGGUUCAAGUAGUACCAGAACCCUCGCGUAAACGGCCACCGAGCGAGAGCCCGCGAUACAGUCGGGAACAAUCACCUGCUUCGUCUUCCUCUGUGCAAUACCAAGCGCCUCCAUCAACGUCUGCCGUCUACGGUCAGCAGCAAGUCGCCCCACCGAGUCAGCCAGCUCCUCCAGCUUCGCAAACGGUUCCUGUGAACGAUCAUCCUCAGAAUCCGGAACGUUCGAUUAUCAAAGACCUUCUGUUGAACUCGCGGGAAUUUGGUGUGGUGCAGAAUCCGGAGAACGAAAACAUCGAAAACCUGUUCACCUGCAAGUCCUGCAAUACCAGCUUUCGCGAUGCGGAAAUUCUCAAAUACCAUACCAUCUGUUUCUGCAAAGGCAACAGUAGUAGUUUGAAUAGUCCUGAUAGUGCCCCAAUGAGCCCGAUUGGCUCGCCAUCGUCGCACUAUAUGCGAUCGAAUCGAUUCAACCCGAACAGUUUGAAAAACCUCGCACGUGGCUUGUUGAUGCCUCCUUCGAGAAAUCCAGCAACUCUUUCGAAAUUGGCCAAAUCGCAACUGAGGCAGCCUCGAUCUAGGCCGGAAAACAUAUCGCUGGCACCGAAAGAAGGAAGCAGUAGUAGAUCAAGCAGUGUAACCAGUACCUCAACGAGCCAUACACCGGAAGUGCAGGUUACACCACCGGUCGUUGCGAAAAUCGUAGACACGGUACAAAACCCACUGCCUUCGCCAGGACCACUUCUAGGCAAUACUCGGCUGGUGGAUUUCCAGAGCAGUAAAAGUGAUACGUUCAGCAGUAAAAGCGCGCCAGAACAGAAUGUAAUUGUUUCUCAUGUGUCUAGUGAAGAUACGCCCUCGCGGAAAAGACACAUUGUUACGCAAGAUGCUGAGAUACGGCGGCCACAACAUCCUAGUUUGCAGUUAUACGGAGGAGAUUUGGAAGUGAUAGAACGCCAGGAGCAAAUGAUUCCGCAUAGGUAUUCGUCUGGAGGAACCGUUACGCAGUUUUCUCCAGAUGCAGACAGCGAAAUGAAUGAUUCUUCUAUGAGAGCCCGAUCCAGCAUGCAUUCGGGAGGAACGGUUGUUCAAGUGCCAAAAGCGAGUCGUGGUGCAUCUCCCAUUCCGAUGAAUCCCACCACGCCCAAGUUGGUAGUGACAAUCACUCCGACACUAACGCCAUCCCUGACGACGCCAAACUUUUUCCCUAACAGCCAACAUCAUACACCUUCCGAGAGACCCAACAGCAAUCCAAAUUCUUCCACUGUGCAAUCCAUCGGUCACUUUCAGUUCCCGCCAAUUAAUUCAAUUACGGCUUACAAUCCAUUGACGCUGCCGCAGGUGUCACCGGGUCAAGCAUCGCAAAUCAUGCAUGGCGGCAAAAUGAUACCAUACGUACAAGGAAUACCCGGCCCCAAUUCAAUGAUACCUUCGAAUGAAUCACAAAUGCGAGGUCGGCCUCGGUUGGCACCUAGCCCAAUUAGCAUCAAAACGCCGCCAAUUCCUCCAAUGGCAUCAAACUAUAAAAGUUUCGAUCCGGAGGAUGUUGUUCGGAAUAAGAAACCCGUUCUGGCUGUGCCACCGGUUAAGAAUGGCAUGUUCAAAGAAAUCUGGUCUCCGGCCAAGCAGGAAAUCAACGCAACCCCGAAGAAAAGCUUUAAUUUUACAAGGAUUGCUGACAACAUCAGCCCUCGUAAGAAAGAAACCAUUGAACCGGUGAAGAAGGAGGAGAUUAGAUACUUUAACUUCGAAAACUUUAUCUCGUCGGAUAUCAUAAUCAAACCGAACACUCCAACAGAAAGUGUGAAAUCUGAACCGAUCGAAACAAAACCGAUGGAUGUUCCACCACCUCCGCCGGUGGUACAGAAACCGAAGUUCUUGAGACCCAACUCACUGCCAUUGAAGCCUGGUACUUUUACACCGAAACGCCACCACGGUAUUACACCAACGCACAAUACGAUGCCGCUAAUAUCGCCGGAAACCCCACGGCCUUCCAAGUCCUGCCGAGAGUUGUAUUUCAAUGGUCACGCCUACACCAACAUCGGUCUCAAAUCGAGCACGAAGCCUUUCUACUGCACCGUUAACAAGACUCAGCCAUUCUACGUCCAGACCCAAAAGCAAUUGUCGAUGUACAGCAAUUGGCAGGUUCAUCCGGAGAAUGACCCGCACCCACUUGGAUUCAAACCGAUCCAGGUGAUGGCCUUGUACAACAGUAGCCAGCAGGGUGACCACAGCUACUCGAUCGCUACCAAACCUCUUACGUUGACGGUGGUCAAUUCGAGCACAGCAAACCAGCCCAUCUCGAGCGCAAUCGAGGUCAAGAGCAGUUUCCCUAGCUAUUCGAUCCCACAGGUCACUUCACCGGCGCCAAAGUCCGGUGGAUUCUAUCCGUAUCUUCCGGAAAAGAGUGCCGCCUCGAAUGAUAGUAUUCCGCCGAGAAGCGAUUCAACGGAACGGACUCUGUCCGGGGGAUUCGAAAGCACCGAGGAGUACACGUACGUGCGAGGUCGCGGCCGAGGAAAGUACGUUUGCAAAGAAUGUGGCAUCCGGUGCAAGAAACCGUCGAUGCUGAAGAAGCACAUACGUACUCACACGGAUGUUCGGCCUUACUCGUGUCAGCAUUGUAGUUUCCACUUCAAAACGAAGGGAAAUCUGACGAAACACAUGAAGUCGAAGAGUCACUUUAAAAAGUGUACCGAGCUGGGGCUUAAUCCCAUUCCGACCAGUGUGGACGACGACGGCGGGGAUAUCGACAUCGAAAACGACCAGCAGUCGAUUUCGAGCGAGCAGACGUCGACAAUCCCGUUCGAUUCGGAUAGCGAUCCGGACAGCGACGGAGACGAGAGCGAUGAUAGUGCCGAUUACAGUGAACCCAAGGGAGGUCGAUUACCGGAGCAUGAAGCAGCGCACAUGUUGCUCUCACUAUCGAUGACACCACCUACAGCAUCCCAGGCCACGAAGAGCUAUCCCAGCCCGGUGUCUUUCGGAAGCGCAAAUCAACCCAUCGAACGUGGUCGGCUUCCUUACGCACCGACAGUCUCUCCGGGUUUAUCAAUGUCACCGCAACAACAACCGCCAAUUCAACCACAACCUGCCCAAAAGCAUCUACUAAUGCAGACGCAACCGGAGUCCUCUAGUCAGCCCCAUCGUCGCAUCAUAACGUUCGGAAACACCCCCAAAAUGGAGUUCAAUCUUCUGAAACAUGAGCAGUACUACUCCGAUCCGAACAUCAACAAAAAGAAACGCGAGUAUAACCCUUCAGUCGAAGAGGACGAUGGAGCCAUGCCAAUAGACUUGACUAAGAAACCCAAGGAAUCGCCUCCGUUGCAUCAAGCUUCCUAUCCCAUGUACCACCAAUAUACUGACCAUCAAUCACCCAAUACAGUGCCAAAGCAACCCCUUUCCGACCACCCUCCAUCUAAUCUCAGAUCGCAAGUCAUUGUACGGGUAUCGGACGUGGUCACUCCCAUAACCGGCGCGGCCAAUCUCCUAACUACCCUCGUCUCCAACACGGACAAGAUUCCGUUGCCACUGAUCACAAAUGGCAGCAAGGAAUUGGCCGACGACAAUGUCUACUUCCAAGAGUACAUCAAACAACGUGCCCUUCUAGAUAGCAAGAUGAAACUGAGCCAGAUGAAGAGCAUCAACAACAAUCAGUAUGAAGCGCAAGAAAACCAUCCUCCAAUGGAAGCCCUGGUUGCGCAGAAAAAAACUCCUUUGACGAUAGCCAAGCCCGUCCCGUUGAAAGUCACCGACAAACCCUAUCGGAUAUUCAACGGAAAGAACGAAAUGCUGCCGAAGGCUGUAGUUGAACCGGCCAAUCGAAUCGAAAUACUGCCAAUCAUGAAUGACCCACCUCAAGAGCCGCCGGCACCGAAAGAAGCCGUUAGGGUAGACAGUACUGACGCCUGCGUAGAGCCUGUAAGUACCUCGCGUAUGGAGACCUUGGCAGAAGUUGCUGCCGUAAGUGUCAAGCUGGACGCUGGUGCAGAUUCGAUGCGGGCUCGAAGUAACAGCGUGAUCUCAAACGAAGCAUCGAAUACGCAACCUUCCACUUCAACACCUGCCGCUGCUUCCAGCAAGGAAAGCGCCAAGAGUGUUGCCUCCGAGUACCUGAAACUGACCAAGUCGGUCACGAUGCGCAAACGGGAAGAUAGCGAAAGCGGCACGGCUUCAGAUCAGGAGACAGUAGCCGAGAACAGCAUAAUUCCACCGUCUAUAGUGCCGUCAAUCGUUCCACCGGUUGUUGUAGUUCCUCCCGUGGCCAAUCCAGCAAGCGCGGAGCAUGGUGGAAUUGUUGCUCGAACGGUGAUUGUCGGCGAAGAUGGCUUUAGAAAAUCAGCCAGUAGUGAAUUCUCUUCUAUAAACCCGUUCCAAGAAGACGGGGGACGUCCGGUUUGUGAAGUGUGCCACAAAAAGUUCCACAAAAUAUCUCAACUGAAAAUCCACAUGAACAUUCACUACAUGGAGCGGAAGUUCCGAUGCGAACCGUGUGGAACCAGUUUCCGGUCGCAAGGUUUAUUCCAGAAGCACGAAAGAUCUGCCACCCAUCGGAACAAGGUUUCGAUGACGACCACUUUCGGGAUUGCGACGGAUUCGAAUCCACGGCCGUUCUACUGUAAGGACUGCGAAGUCGGCUUCCGGAUACAUGGACACUUGGCGAAGCACUUGCGCUCGAAAAUGCACGUACUCAAACUGGAAUGCCUGGGCAAGCUGCCUUUCGGAACGUACACCGAAAUCGAACGGUCCGGAACAAAUCUCACGGAGAUUGAUACCACGGAUUGUGAGAACUCCUUAUCCAGUUUGAAGCGAUUGGCGGUCCGAUUGAAUGUGAAGAUUUCGGGCAAUGUAAUUCCUGGCGGGGGAGGGUCCGAUGCUGCCCCGAGUGGCAAUGAAACCGAUAGCUGUGAUGACAAUCAGUACGAAAAUGACAACGAAUCGAAUGGCGAGGGGGACAAUCCGAACCACCGAGGAACCGAGGAGGAAGAGGACGAGAACGACGAUUGCGAAACCAACGAUCAGCAGGGAAACAAUAACUGCUUGAAACGAAGGUUGGACAGCGAAAGUGGCGGAGCGUUGAAUAGCGACGGUGAUAGCGAUCUGAAACGGCCUCGGUUUCAGGGGCCAUCGGUGGAGCAACAGCAGCAUGGAAGCCUGGUUGUGCCUGCAGGACCGGCAGCGGAAGGCACGUAGCGAAGGGGUUUAUUCGGAAUAAUCUAGAAACGUGUGAGUGCCAAUUUGGUGACAUCCGGGGAUAGUUCUGUUCGGGAGAGAUGGAGAUGUGUAAUUUGUUGAGAAAGGUUGAAAUUGAUUACACACUCUUCUACUCACCGACAGAACAAUCUCUCAACGGUUACAACAGUUACUGUAACCGUUGUAGAGCACCGAUUAAACAAGCGAUAAAACGAAACUAAACCAGACAACAAAGUGCCAACAAGUGGAAACGCGAAUAAAAAAAGCCGUUUCAUUUACUGAUCUUCUACACUGUAUAGGUUGUAGCGAAUGCUAUAGAUUAGCAACGGAAUUCAGUGCUAGGCGCAAACGUAUCCUAAAUAGUGAGAGUUAGCGGUAGACUUUUACCUAAUUUUUCUAAUUAGUCCGUUAUUUGUACAGAAGGAAUAAGAAUCUUUUUUUUUUGCCGCACGCGUUUUUAGUUCUAUAAGAGCCUAAUCUUUGACGAUGAUGAGCGCAUUAGUGAUAUUUUAGAUUCGUUUCAACAGCAAAUAGCUUUAAUUAUGGUUUUAGUUCUUACAUGGCUGGCUUGCGACAGCUCGCAUCUUUUUCUGUGGAUUAUGUGGCAAUUUAGAGAGCAAAGUGUUUUUUUUUCUAGUAUGAUAAGAGGAAGCAACCAACCGUAAUGUGAUCAUUUAUUUGUUAGUGAUGUGCAUGUAGAAUUUAUGAGACGUAAAUACUCGUGUGUGUGGAUGGUAGAAUCCAUUACAGUGGAGUGAAUAUGAUUCGCAAUAUUACACAUCAAUUAACUGAGAGUAUUGCUUUGUUAUUUUGCGUUAGGCUUGGCAGCCAUUUUCUGUUCGAUGAUAGAAUCAAAAGAAUUUAUGGAUAACGUUUAAAUCUACCACCUAUUACAACUAUUCGGAUGUAUUUUAUAAACAAUAUAUUUCAAUUUUUGUAUAAAACGGAAACUAAAAGCUAGAAUCGCUGACAGAAUCACAGAAUAUAACUAAUAAAUUUUGUAUUAGUUCUUCUACAAGCGAUUCAUGAUCGUUAUUAUCUCCCCAGUAUAUGAAUGUAUGAAAUAAAUAUAUAUAUUUAUAUAUACCGAAGCAUUGAAAUCGCUUUGAAAUAUCCAUAUAUUUGUAAAGUCACUUUUUCUUGCGAUAUGCAACGUGGACUCCAAUAGGCGGUAGUAUUUUUAUAGUAUCGUCUAUAAUAUUGUAACAAUAUCCUUCACUCUAACAUCAAUAUUCGUACUAGAAGCCGGAAGUGAAAGUAUGUACUUUUGCAUAUCAUUUUAACAAAAAAACGUAAAACAGAGAAACUAAAUCAAAGACCACGUGACAAAGAAAAGAACAUUUAUCUACCCAAUCGUUUACCUUAUGGACAAAUAUUUUCGAUGGAUUUACAAUUCGAGUGGAAAUCGCGUGACUGAUUUUCCGCUAAGAAAAUUCACUUAAAAUACCACCAACUAAAGCAGUUUGAUUUCUUCCCUAUCGAUUAAAAUAAAAUAACCUAUAUCUGUAAUCCCAUCGAAAACGACAGGAUCGAAGGGAUCAUUGCAACAUACCUGAGGAGAUUCGAUUGCCCUCGCGGCGACUUGUGCUGGAGGAAGAGGGCCAAAUGUGUGCAUAUUGUAUUUCAUUUAAUUGAUGACGAACGACGGUGGUAACAAAAAACCGACACAGAUGAAGAUGGAACCUACAAAUAUAUUUAUUAUAUAUUUUUUGUAUAGUUGUAUAAUCAGAGAGGUAGCGAAUGAACGUGGAAUGCAGUAUGCGAGUGAAUUGAAAUUAUAUGGGAUAAAUUAGGCUAACUAGUGAACAUUUUGUAAGAGUCCUCGUAAAGAGAAACAAAACAUCGGUUAGUGUUAAGCCACCAAACAGUGAAAAUAGAAAUGAUCAAAAUGCAUGUGAAAUAAUUAAAAA